AUGCACGGGGAGUUUGCUAAGAGAGGUCUGGCGAACGUUGACCACCGUCCCAUCAAGGCGCUCAGGAGACUUCCAAUACCUGUCCUAGUAAAUGCUACCGUAAUCUACCGCCUACUUGCGCGAGGGUGGGUCGAACUGCAAAGUACAGCGGAAGUAAGAGUACAUCAUGCCAGAGACCCUACGGUCUGGCUAGUUGAGUUGCUAGGCGAUUUCCUGAUUGACAUAGGUCAGCGAUUGCCUGUGCAUGCAAUAGGAAAAGAAGCCCUGCACACAGGAUCGCAUCUCCGUCGUUGUUAUCAAGAUCAGUGUCAGUUUGCACAGGACGCCAUGGAUUUCGAGCCGAAGGGACACGUCGAGACUCGCCAUGUAUAUUGUCUCAUUCUCUGCACCUACAACGCCAGGACAGUCUCCACCAACAAUCUUCAAGCCACUGUCGCAGCUACAGGGCGUGUCAACUACCAUUUGCAGGAAACAAAGUCCAGGAAGGCGGACGUGAAGCAGCUGAGUUAA